AUGUUACAGAGUAACGCCAAGAUAAUUCCUGUGUUUUAUCAGGUGAGGCCUUCUGAUCUCCGCCACAUAGAAACGGGCGUAUACGCUGAAGCAUUCAUUAAAUAUGAGAAGAAGAGCAGGAACCUGGAGAAGCUUAAAGAGUGGAAGGAGGCUCUUCAAUCUCUUUCAUUUAUAGCUGGGGAGGAAAUUACAAGUUUCAGUGACUGUAAAAGCAUAGUAGCAGCAGUGCAAAAAGAAGUACACCGGAACAAAUGUUUGCAUGUUGCCACAUAUCCAGUUGGGCUUGACAGUCUUGUGAAAGAUUUUGAAAAGCGAUGCCUUGAUGAGCUUGUACAAGAUUUUGAAAAUCAGUGUAGGCUGAAGAAAGGGAAGGAUAAGGUUAAAAUUGUUGGCAUUUUUGGUAUUGGUGGAGUGGGGAAGACAACUCUUGCCAAAGAGUUGUAUAACCGAAAGAGGUUUAAUUAUUCUAGAGCAGGUUUUUUGUUUGAUGUGCGAGAAGCAUCUGUGAGAAGCCAGUUGCCUUCCUUACAACGUAAGCUUGUCGAGGAUCUCUUCGAUGAUCAUCCUCAAAGUUUUACAAGUACAGAGGAAGGAACAAGCUAUCUGAAAAAUAAAUUAGAAAGAAGCCCACUUUUAGGUUUUCUAAUUGUUGUGGAUGACAUAGAUCAUGUGGAGCAAUUACAUGCUCUACUGAUCAUGGAUAUCUUAGAUAAAUUUGACAAUACUCUGGUUAUUGUUACAACCCGGGAUGCCCGGGUGCUUAUAAAUGCAGGGAUUACUGUGGGUUAUCAUUUAAAAGGAAUGAAUAGAAAUGAUGGUAGCCAACUCUUCUGUUGGCAUGCCUUUGGCCAACCCUUUCCACUGAGCGGGUACGAGGGGUUUGUUCACGCCUUUGUUGAUGUGUGUGGAGGGUUACCUCUGUCUCUUCAGGUUCUGGGUCGGCACGUUCGUGGUGGAACUGCCAGUUAUUGGAGACUAGAAUUGGAUAAAGCUAAGAAGACAUUGAGUCGAGAAGUAAAGGAUAGAUUGAGAAUAAGUUUUGACGCACUGGAUGGUGAACAAAAAGAGGUUUUUAUGGAUAUUGCUUGUUUCUUUUUGGACAAACCAAAGAUUAUAGCCGAACAAGUAUGGAAGGGAUUAGGAUGGAACGCUCAACAUGCAUUGCAAAGACUCAUGGAUAAGUUACUUGUAGAAGAAAUUCAUAUAUUUAAUGACGAUGAAAAUUAUAGAUAUAAUGAAGAUCAAACCAAAAUGGAAAUUGUAUUCAGAAUGCACGACCACCUAAGGGAUUUGGGAAGAGAGAUGGCACUUGAGCUCAGCCCUCCUCAUCGCCUGUGGCGUCCUCAAGAUCUGAAGUUUUUGGAAUCGAUGGGUUUCAAGAAAAUCCUCGCCAAAACUAAUGUCAGGUGUUUACAUUCCAUUUUCGACGAGUCCAUGGAUUCUCAAAUUACAUUCUUUUUAGGCCAGUUAGAUAUUUGUGGUGAGACAUCAGCUUCCUUACCAUGGCUUCAGCUUAAGGGCAAUUCCACAGAACUGCCAAACAUUCCUUCAUGGAUUUGUCUGCAAAAUUUGCAGUGCUUGAAAAUCAAAUGCGGACGACUUGAAACCUUGUGGAAGAACAGCAUGCAGGUGCCCACCCACUUGAAAGAGCUGGUGAUUUCUCGAACCUCUUUGAAAGAGUUUCCAGAUUUCUUAGGAAUACCGGGUAGCUUAGAAAAUGAGGGAAAGUUUACUAGUGUGAAGGCCCCUAUGAGUAGCCUUGAAAAGCUAGAGAUUAGCUUUGAAAAUUUAGUAUCCAAGAUCUUAAUUAGUGGAAUACACUAUCCCAGCCUCGAGUCAAUCAAAUUUCAUGGCAUGGAAAGACUUAAGGAAAUGAAUUUAACAGGGGUACAGACAUUAAAGUGCCUUGAUCUUACAAAUUGUAGAAAACUCAAGAGAUUGACAGGAAUAUCUGAUCUUAGUAACCUUGUGUGGUUAAACAUUAGUGGAUGUCCAGACCUUGAGUUUGAAUACUUGUGUCUCAGGGCAAUGGAGUGCCUGCAGAGGAUAACAUUUGAUAGAAACGUGAAGAUGAAAUAUUUUGAGUUGGAUGGGUGUCGAAGUUUAGAAACAACAGAGUUUGGUUUUGAAAAGCUUGUACAAUUAAAAAUUAUAAUCGAUGGAAUUGGGAAGAUCGGAUGUUUUCAUUUGGAUGAAUGUCAAAAUUUGAGAAGUGUGUCACUUAACUUUGAUCUUACAGGCUUGCACAUUGCUAAGUGUCCUGAGCUUGAGGAGUUGCCAAGUCUUUCCAGACAGAGGUGCUUGGAGUGGAUAAGAAUUGACUCUUGUAAGAAGCUACGAAAGAUUACCCUGUCAACAACACUCAACAAUAUAUCUGUGACAAAUUGCAGAGAUUUGCAAAAAGUAGUAGGAACCGGAGAUCUUAUAAAGCUUACAAGGCUUAUUAUUAGAGAGUGUCCUAGGCUUGAGGAGUUGCCAAGUCUUCCAAGACUAAGCUGUUUGAAGGAGAUUGAGAUCGACUCAUGUGCGAAGCUGAAGAACAUAUCAGGUGUUGAAGAACUGCAUGUAUCAAAAGUGAUGAGACUCAAUUAUUGCAGCAAUACAGUAAUACAGAAUUGCAUUCAUAAGUUGAAGAUAUUCUAUGAAUGGAAAGAAAUUACCAUGGAUGAAAUGAGAGUGUAUUGUCUUUCAUUGCAGAGUGCUCUGUCAUUUUUUACUGUUUUGAUUGGAAGAGCAGUAGAUGGAGCUGAGUCAACUUUAAACGAAUCUCUAUUUUCUGACGCUACUAUUGACGUUGAUGCAGUCACUCGAAUUACUACUCGCGAAACUGAGUGGUCAAAAUUGAGUGCAAUUAUUGGGUGCUUUGUUCAGGGAAAACGGAUAGUCACAUUGGGAACAUCCUAUAAGCUUGUCAGCAAUUUUGUGAAAUUUGAAGACAUGUUAUCGAUGUAUGGAAUAACCAACAAUGGGUUUUGGGUAGAAGUGAAGAAAGAUGAAGAGUGGAAAAUUGCGCUUCUCUUACGUUUAAUAGUUGAAAGGUUAUAUGAUUCAUGA